AUGAUAAAAAAUAUCAAUAAUAGAAAUUUCUUUAAAUUAUUUAUCAAGUAGUAAUCAAAGGCUACCAACCUGCAUUUCAAUUAAACAUUUAAUGCAUCGAAUAUUAGCAGGGAUGUUUAUGAAAGAAACAAAGAUAUUAUCGAAAGACACGAAAGUGUCAGUUGUAAUGCAGAAAGAUUACUUUUAGUAGCCAAGAAUGCAAUUAAUGCCUUCAUAUACAAUGCACAAGGUUAGCACUUAUCUAACUUAGGCUGCCUUACUAGUUAUUCAACACUCUAAGAAGUUAGAGAAAGAAUGAUGAAAGACGAAGUAGGAAGAUAGAUUUUACUUGAAAAGCCCAGAAUUAAUCAUGAUAGUGCUAAUAUUGAAUACUUAUUGUCUCUUCCUAAAAAUACUUUUGGAUAUCAUUAUGGAAGAUUUAUGGGAGAUAGAGAUUUUUCUAGCGAAGAAAGACCUAAAGUUACUUAUAUGCCAGAUUUUGAAUUAGCUUAUAUUUAUUAAAGAUACAAAGAAAUACAUGACUUUAUCCACACAUUGUUAGGUUUUGAUGUUACUGUAUAUGAUGAAAUAGUUGUUAAGUGGUAUGAGAUGGUAUAGCUAGGAUUUCCUAGUACUGGACUAUCUUCUUUUGUAGGACCUCUUAAAUUUUCUUAAGAAGAAAUAACUAGAUUCAAUACUGAAGAUCUUCCGAUGAUCAUACAGCAAGCAAAGCAGAGCUAAUUUAUAAUGAAUAUUUAUUUCGAAAAGGAAUUUGAAACAAAUAUACAUGAUCUCCGUAAAAGAUUAGGACUUACUUUAGAUCCUAAGUUAAAAUAUGAAUGA